AUGUAUCACUGGGCUUUUCCAGAGCCGACAGUGAGUCAGGGCCUGGCUCAUAGAGGUCCUCAUGGCUCCUCCACUGGCUCUGUUUUCAGUCAGAAGAUGGGGCCUCUCGACAGUAUGUCUGCAGCUCUGCGUGGGCUGAGGGCUGAACAGAGUGAGAACAGCGAGCAGGGCCUUCUUUACAGGACCAUGAUCUCCCUCAAUCGAGGCCAACAGGAAGUGGGAGUUUGCGUUGGCCAACUUCACCCAAAAGAACUGAGCUCAACUCUCCUAACUCUGGCCACCAUCUCCCCAUCCCCCCGUCAGCUGUCCCACAACUGGCUCCUCUGCACAGCAGUUUGUACCAGUGCAGCAGGGUGGCCACGGGAAGACUGUCCUUCAGCGGGACAGCCCUGA